AUGGCGCGCACGGCCCCUGUGGAGCCCCCGCUGCGGCAUCCCGCGCCCCCCUCGCCCGCCGCGGGAGAGCCCCGCGCUUCGGUAGAGGCGGCGGUGGCCCCGCGGAGGGUGCUCUUCGCUGACGAGGCUCUGGGGCUGCCGCUGGCGCAGCUACGCCGCUACCGGCCGUGGGGCGGGCCCGGGGCGGGCAAGAUGGCGGCGGCGGCUGGGCAAGAUGGCGGCGGCGGCGGGGCAGACGAGGACGACGAUGGCGAGGAUGGGGAUGAAGGGGAGGAGGAAGAGGAAGCCUGCCUUGUGCCCUCGCCGCUGUGCCCCGUUCCCGCUGGCGGGGGGUUUUACCUGGUGCCCACAUUUUCGUUGCCGCCCGCGCCGGGCCGUCUGGAGCGCUUGGGGCGCGUGAUGGUGGAGCUGGAGGCGCUGCUUCCGCCUCCAGGAGCGGUCCCCGGGGGUUCCGGGGUGUGGGUGCCUGGGGGGCGCCCGCCGGUGCUGCGCGGGUUGGUACGCGUGCUGAACCGCUCCUUCGAGAAGGCGGUGCACGUGCGGGCCUCACACGACGGCUGGGCUACCUUCAGCGACCACCCAGCACGCUACGUCCCGCGCAGUCCUCCUGGGGCAGGAGCGGGAGGAACAGGAGCAGGAGAUCCCAUCCUGGAUCCAGGGCUCGGCCUGGGCCCUGGCCAGGCGUCUGCCUCCUCGCCCGACGACGGUGGCCGCACUGACCGCUUUGCCUUCCAGCUGCCCUUUGCUGAGGGCGCGGGCGAUGGGGCGCGCCUUGACUUCGUGGUGCGCUAUGAGACCCCCGAGGGCACAUUCUGGGCCAACAACCACGGCCGCAACUACACUGUCGUGCUCCGGAUCGCACCCGCUCCCACACCCACUGAUGCUGAAGGGUCGCCCCAGCAGCAGCAGCUGGAGCCACAGCCUGAGUGCCAGGGUCCUGUGGAGGCUGAGGCCAGGCAGCUGAAGAGCUGCAUGAAGCCGGUGAGGCGCAGGCCUCUCAAGGAAGAGCUGAGGAUGAAGAGCAUGGAUGAUAAUACCCCUGCUGUGGAGCAUCCUGAUGUCCAGGAGUCAUUGGGUUCUCUGGUGGCCCCUACCCCCCUCCGUCCAUGGCCCCAAAUGACACUUCAGGUUUCUGAAGUUACAGUGACCAGCAACUUUCCAGAAGAAGGUGACAUGCUCAGAAGUAGAGCACCUGUGGCUUUUACAGAGGUCCACCAGGCACCAGCUAUCAGGAUUGCGCCCUCUACCCCUAUUUGUCGCCUGGGUGGCCCCCCCAGGGACCAGGCCUCAGGGCCCGAUGCAAGUGAAGGGGCCACUGGGCACUUCCUGGAACCCAGCCAACAACAGAUGGAGGCCACAUGGGAGAGUGGGGGUCGAAAGGAUUGCAUGGUGGGUACUAUUACAGAUGAGCCCACAGGGGGUGUGGAGGUCAUGAGUGGGUUGGAGGAACUGCUUGGUGAAGACACCAUUGACCAAGAGCUGGAGCAGCUCUACCUCUCCCACCUGAGCCGCCUUCGGGCUGCUGCUGUGGCUGCAGGGGGUGGUGGGGAGGGCCCUACUGAUGGGGGAAUGUACUCCAGCCAUCCCCUGGGCAUACUCGCGGACCGUGACCUGAUCUUGAAGUGGCCUGGCCCUGAGCGGGCCCUGAACAGUGCCCUGGCUGAGGAAAUCACAUUGCAUUACGCACGCUUGGGGCGUGGUGUGGAGCUCAUCAAGGACACCGAGGACCCUGAUGAAGACGUGGAGGGUGAAGAGGGGCUCUCCAUCAUUCUUUCUAGUCCUGAAGAAGACAGCCCCAAGGAAUCACCUCCAGAAAUCCUUUCUGGAGCCUGCUCGAUGGUCUCCACUAUGGGAGAUGUGUGGCUCCCAUGGGCUGAGGGUUCUGAAUGUGACAGCUCUGUGGUUCUGGGAACAGAGGGUCAGUUCACUGGCAAUCCCGAAAAAGAGAUGGGCAAGGACAUUAACUCUUUGCACAGGAAUAGGGUUAUUUCUGGGGUAACCAGGUCCCCAAGGGAAGUUGGGACAGAAGCCUGGAUGGAAGUUACCAAUGAGUGGGCAGACAGCUUGGUUCCUCUGUCUGAUAAGGAGCCAACAGAACCAGGUUUACAGGAGCAGAAUCCUGCCCUUGUUGGUCCCAUGGGGACUAAAGUCUGUCUUUCUAGUGUAGCCAAGCCUCAUAUAAUCUCCCAGGACGAAGAGAGUGCAGGCCCAAGUCUUGAAACCCCAAAGAGGUCCCCCACCCUAGCAUCCCCUGAAGAAUGCGUGUGUGGUUUGACUCCUCAGCUCCGGGGGCCCUUGACUCAGACUCUGGGAGUCCUGGCUGGGCUAGUGGUUGUCCCUGUGGCUUUCAACAGUGGUGUGUCCCUCCUGGUGCUUGCGCUGUGCCUCUCUCUAGCCUGGUUCUCCUAGGGGCUUCCUGUGGGGUCAGCAGUAACAGGCUUCCCCCUCUCUGGGGCCUAGGGAGGGGCAGUCCAUCCAUCACCCCAGUGGGUUGAGAUGGGAUAUAUGGCCUGUAGUUAGGGACUUUGGUCCUUUGCUUCUGAGAAUGCUUGACUGGAGAGAGGCCUUCCUGUCCCCAAGCUCUCCAGUCAGCACAGGGCUCCCAGCAGUGGUACCUGUGGACAGUAACAGAAUGGUGGAUAAUGUGAGAACUUUUAGAAUGGAACCAGGCAUGCCCCCCCACCCCCGAGCCUGUAUUUAUUUUUGUAUAAUUCUCUGGAUGAGGGAGAGUGGUCGUGAGCUGGUCUUGGAGCACAAUUACCCAGAGAUAUAUUUAUUAACAGCCAACCUGUGCAACCUGCUGGAGCUUUAUUUUUAAUUUAAUUUAUAUAGAGUACCUAUUAUUAUAUGCCACAAUAGAGCUCUAUGAGAAAUGAUGUGUCUUGCUGUAUUGGUAUCCUGUUUGGGCCUGAUUGUGUAGGGUGGUCAUGUUCUGGGGGAGGACCAUGGUGGGGAGUAGGGAAUGGCUGUGGCCAGGCCUACUACUGCCCUUCAGUGCGUGUGUAAGGCUCUGUAUUGUCUCACUUUGUGGUCCCAAUACAUGUGGUCCUUUGGUCUUUA